CGUUGGAGUCAGAGGAAUGCUACUGGAACUUUCCAUUGGACAGUAUAAAAGCUGUGAGCCCUAGUCUGCUCGGGACAGAAGCUCGCGGAGACACAAUCAGGGAGAAGAGACCAACAAAGACUAGCAGAAACGACGCAGAUUUGAUUUUGAAUAUGCUUUGCCCCAGCAUGAUGCAGUCUUCCCUCAACCCAAUGAGCCCAAUGGGCCCCUUCAUGGACUUCCACUGGCCCGUCCGCAGCCUCUGGCCAGAGACCCGGCCUCUCUUCUUCCAGAUGGAGCAGGAAAUGAUGCGAAACAUGCAGGAGAUGAGGCACAAUAUGGAAUAUAUGCAACGACUCCACCAAAAGAUUUUCGAAGACAUUGAUGGCCCAUUAUCUUUAACUGACUUCAAGCCCAUUGCUUUCCAGAUGGGGAAAGAAAACAACCGCUUUGCCCUGACACUGGACACUAAAGACUUUUCUCCAGCGGAUCUGUCUGUCAAGCAGGUGGGCAGGAAGCUGAGAGUCAGUGGGAAGACGGAGAAGAAGCAGGACGACGGGAAAGGCUCCUUCUCUUACAGAUGCCAGGAGUUUAAACAGGAGUUUGACUUGCCUGAAGGGGUGAAUCCUGAGACAGUCACCUGCUCUUUGAAUGAUGGACAGCUACAGAUUCAGGCACCAAAAGUGGCUGCUGUGACGGAAAGCAAUGAGAGAGUGGUUCCUAUCACUUGUUCAUCAGCAGUAACAUCACCCGGGGCUGCCACUGAGAGCACUGCUGUGGAGGCAGAGCCCAAGAAGGACUGAUUACGAUGACUCAUUCAUGAUAUUGCUAUAACAAUUCAUUUUAUGGUUGGAAAAAAAUAAUUGCUCCCAUGAAUACCAUCAUUUCUGUACUAUCUCAAUGAAAUAACAAUUUUGUCAAAUUUGAUGAAUUCAACAUCAAUAAUUAUCAAUGGCAUGGAAUGUAAAGCCAAUAUUUUAGCAUGUUCAAUAAAGUUUUAUUUUUAAAUUGUG